CAUAUUUCAUGUGAUAGUGACAAGUGCGCAUGUUUCACGGAAGCUGUCAAUCGGCCAUUAUAAUUUUCCACCUGUAAAUAAAGUAAAUCUUUCGCAGAUGACAUCCGUAUAGCAAUCUCAUUUGGCAAUUAAAGUAAAGAACAGAUACUGCGAAAAUGUCAGAUUUUGACAGUAAUCCAUUCGCUGAUCCAGAAGCACAGGCAAAUCCAUUUUCCGAUCCUUCUGUACGUCAAGCUACUGGUGGAAAUGUUGGUACAAACCAGGGUACAAUGGAUGAGUACAAUCCAUUUGAGGAUGGUAAUAAAACCCGUCCAGCAGCAGGAGGAGCUGGACGUGGCUCAGUACCUCCCCCACAACCAGCUACACAGCCCGCUAUAAUGCAACCAUCAGAAGAACCUCCACCCUAUGCUGCCUCAGGGGCACAGAAAAUUGAUACAUCAGAUCUACAGAAAAGACAAGAGGAAUUAGAGAGAAAAGCAGAAGAAUUAUCAAGAAAAGAAAGAGAAAUGAGGAACAUGCAGUAUAAUGAUCGACAGAACAACUGGCCACCAUUACCUGGAUUUUGUCCUGUUGGUCCAUGUUUUUAUCAAGAUUUUAGUGUUGAUAUUCCUUUAGAAUUCCAGAGGACUGUAAAAUUUGUAUACUACUUAUGGUGGUUUUAUGUUUUAGUUCUACUUCUUAAUGUCUUGGCUAGUUUAGCUUUUUUCAUUGUGGAUGGUGAUGGAGGAGUAACGUUUGGAUUAUCAAUUGUUUGGUUCGUCUUAUUUACACCAUGUUCUUUCUUAUGCUGGUAUAGACCUGUCUACAAAGCUUUCAGGAGUGAUAGCUCGUUCAACUUCUUUGUAUUUUUCUUCAUAUUCUUUUUCCAAUUCCUUGUGUGUAUAAUCCAGGCUUUAGGAAUUUCUACUAUUUCUGUUGGAAUGAUAAGUGGACUUAAGCUGAUCGCCAACAAUGUUGCAGCAGGACUGAUGAUGAUCUUUGUUGGCAUUUUAUUUGGUUUUAUUGCAGUUUCUAGUUUUAUUGUCUUAAUCAAGGUGCACAGAAUAUACAGAAGUACUGGAGCCAGUUUUGCCAAAGCUCAGCAGGAAUUCUCCACUGGAGUAAUGAGAAAUGAACAUGUACAAAGUGCUGCAGCUAAUGCAGCAGCAGGGGCUGCUAAAGGAAUGGCUAGUCAGUAUGGAUCAAAUAAUAAAUACUGAACUCACUCAGAGUUGUUCCAGCCAAAGUUCCUCAAUUAGAACGCUUGAAAGUCAUGUGAUAAAAAAAGAAGUUGGAUGGUGCAGUUGUGAGAUUUUGUUAUUUAUUUGUUUUAAUCAUUUGUUGUUAAGAACUUAUUUAGUUUAUAAUGAUAUCAUAUCAUGUUGCACAUUGUAUUGUAGUCCAGCUGUAUGAAUAACUUCAAGGCAAUUUAUCUAAUUCUGGUCAGCUCAGGAUUAAUACAUAACAUCUACAAGUCCUGAUUAGGCCAUAGUAAAGUAGUACUAUAUUUUCACCCCUGUCUAGUGGAAAUUUUUAAUCCACAUCUUAAGCAUACAAUAGAAAGAAAAAGUUUCAUUUUUAAACUUGAAAUAGUUCAUUUUUAUACCAUAAAUAGUUAUGAUGAAAAAUUGUUGUCAGCCUACUUCAAAAGUCUGUUUAAGGUGAUUGAUGCCACUCAAUUAAUUAUUUUGCAGUUUCUCUCACAUUUUAGUUUCAACAACAUCAGUAAGUACCUGCAGUAAUAUUCCUCUGUGUUUGAUACAGUGUUUACCUAAGUAUACUGGCAAUCAAUGUAGAAUAAGAUAUCAGUUAUCCUUGAGUCAUAUUUUGUUUGUUUAACAAGUUUGUUGGAAGUAGAGGUAUUAAUACACAUAAAAGGCAUACGGUUUAUAUAUACAUGUACUUUAUUGUAAUGUCUUAUAAGGCAUAUUAUUUCUUUUAAAGAGAUAACAUUGAAGUAGAAUUUUAUGUUCUAUGAUUUUAUUGGAGCAAAUGUUGACUUUGAUAAUUACAUUUGAAAUCAGAGACAAGUAUAAUUUAUUUCUCAAAAGAAAUUUUAAUAAGUGUUCAUAUCGUAAACAAUUCCAUAAAAGUUCUUAGGAUCAUAACAUUGUUGCAAAUUUCCUAAAGGGAAACAAAAUUUGAGAUAGUUAAUGUUGUACAGUAAUGGAAGAAUGAUAUUAAUUGGAAUGAAUCUCUGAGCAAGCAUCUUGAAGUUAAAAAAAGCAUUGAACUCAGAAUGGGCUGUAACCUGUGGAUUACUUUUUUUGAAAGAAAUGGUUCAAACCAUGAACAUUAUUUGUUAAAGACUGAAGUCUUCCUUUAGGUUUAUUGCUGAGCAUUACACGGAAAACAUACAAUGUAAUAUAAAUAUUUCUCAGUAGUGCAACAGUUUCAUAAAUUCAUUAUUAACUUUCUAUGGAUGGAGAUAUUUUGAAACAUUAAAAGUUCUUUUACAAUAAAGCACAACAGUUUUUAUUACGUCUUGAAACACAAGCAGAACUAAUUGCAUGACUUUGUCUUGUGCAACUACUGAAAACCAUUGUUUUUAUAUUUCCAAACCAAAAACUAAUGGCAUUAUUAACUUGAUAUAUUUAACAUCAUUGCAUAUAUAUUUUUAAUGUGAUAUAACAUGUAUAUCAGCAUAUUAACACAAUUAAAGUGAUGAAAGGUAUAAAUAAUGUGUAAAUGCUGUGUUAUGCAGAAAACAUAUUACUAGGUUAGAUGUUACACUUUUUUCUCAAUAAAUUUCUUUCUAGUCAAAUGCUUUUUGUAUAUAAGAAGAUAGGACAUACAUACAUGAAUAUUUUCUUUGCACAGUGAUAUGAAGCAACGUUUUCAUUCAGUUCAUUAUAUUUCCUCAUUUUUAUCAUUUCACUUCUUCAUUUCAUUUUAAUCUUGAUUGUAAAAAAAAUGUAAAAAAAACACAUAGUAAAUAAUUUGGUCAUAAUUAAACAAAUAUCCAUUUAUGGGUGAUACAUAAUCGUGAAUACAUUUGUAAAUUUUUCUGGAUUCAUGUGAUGUAAUUAUUGAUGAUUGUAUGAUAACAUUGCUUCUGUCUUGUACUUAUAAUAUGUUUACUUCCAAUUAUCAACAAGCUUUUCUAUUUGUUGCAGAUACUUUAAACUAUUUCAUGUGCAGAAUGAAUUGAAAGUGAUAUUGUCAAAAACUUGCUUGUACAAAUGGCUGCUAGAGCAAUAUGUUGUUUAUUAUUCAUGUUUAAUUGGGAACAACUAAAGCAUAUUUUUUAAAUUUAUGUAUACAUGUAUUCAGUGUCAUAUAAAUCAUUUUUUGUUACUUUGGGUAUGUUGUUAAUUCAUAUAUACAGUUUAUGUUCAAUAUUUCCUUUACUUUCCAAUUUCAGUUGUCUUAAUAUACUAAUCUGAAUUGGUUUUCAAUAUUCCAAAGUGAAAAAUAUGUAAGACCAUUUCACAAAACUAAAUUCAAAAUACCAGUAUAAAUGGAAAAAUGCAACAAAAAUGAUUAUGUAAAAAUGUGAAACAAGUGAUUUUUUUUACUGAAUUCAAUGUUAAAUGAUUUGUAGUACUUGAAGGGUAGAUGUGUGUUAUUUUCAGUAUUAAUAUAGUAUAUAUUUAAGUGAUUGUUCGAGAUCAUUACAAGAUAGGACACAUUUUCUAGAAAUUAUACUGGAGGCAACAUGAUUAUAUAUUAUUUACCCAUCCCAUUAAAUAGAUGAACCAUUAAUUAACAAAUUAUGAAUUUGUACAAUUUAUUGUAGUAUAGAAAAAUAGUCCCUUUGUUGUGUUCUUGAAUAAAUAAGAUAGAAAGAGUACUGUCGUAACAUUCCAGCUACAUUUUAGUAAAAGUCAUAGAAAUUGUAAUAUGGAAGGAAAAUGUGGGGUUUUUAUAUGUGUAAAUGAAAAAUGGGCAAACUUGAAAAAAUGUUAAAAAAAUAUACACAAACCUGGGAAUGCAGUAUAACCAAAAUAAAAAACAAUUACACAAAGAUUUAAUGUUUUCAUGUUAUUCACAUAUUUGAUCAAAAGUUUCAUUGUACUGUGUUUGUUAAUAUUUGUUUUUUUGGAAAGCAAUAAACAAAAUUUUACUCCUAUCUUUUAAUAACAUAUAAGUAUGUCUGUUAUGCAAGAUUAUACUUGUUAUAAAGAGGGUUUAUAUGUAUUCAUUGUAAGUUGUAGUAUAAAUUAUAAUUGUUUUGCUGUACUAAGCCUCUUAAUAAAUGUAAAUUAAGAAAACAA